CUUUAGCUUUACGCUUUAACGUGUAAAAUGUAGUGACUUGCGUGUAAGAGCAAAUUUUGAAGAACGAACUUUUUUUCCUCAACCCCUACUGCAUCUUCGCUUUACUGGGUCAAAGGCACUGAUGUGAAUUUGCAAAAAUGGAUACUGGAAGUAAAGAUUCGAGCAGCAGCGGGCUAUGGCCAUGCAUCGGAAUAGCAACGUUUAACGCGUUUAAGUCAUGUGGGUUUGUUGGAAAUCCACUGAAAAUUCCAGAACUGAAACCUCAAAAUCAGAACCGAUUGACAGGGGGCGGUCUCCAAGGUUCGGAACAAUCCACUCCUGGGUUGGACGGCGAGGAAAUGGAUGAUGUUUUUACACCCACCCCCGACACAGCCCUGAUUAUGGACACACGAGAAAUUAUUAACAUUUUCUUCAAAGAUUUUGCCGGACUCUCUCAUGCUAAGGGUGGGAAAAAACAAGUUUUGUCAACGAUGAAGAGUGUUGUGGAGAGCCUGGUUGUAAAGCAUGAAAUUGCGUAUAAAGGUAUGAUCACGCGUCUGAAUCUGGAGGAGAAAGGAGAUGAUGUGAGCUUCGUCAAGAAUGUAGCAAAGGAGCUCUUCAGCGACGGAAUCACUAACUGGGGUCGUAUUGCCAGCUUGCUGGCUUUCGGAGCACUGGUGUGCAAGUAUCAAAAUGACCGAGGACAGAGCCAGUGUGUGAGUCUCAUGGCGGAAGAGAUCUCUUCCUAUCUUCUUUCAGCCCAACGGGACUGGCUGCUAAAAAACAAUGCAUGGGAUGGUUUUGUGGAAUUUUUUCAUGUCCCGGAUACAGAGGUAGCUGUGAGAAACGCACUGAUGGCCUUUGGUAGUGUGGCUACUUUGGGAGCUGCACUUGCCUUUUGGAUACGGUGAAUCUAUUUGGAUUUUCUUAGCAAUUUUGAAAAACUGAAAGGAUUCAGGACUUCAAACAAAAACAUUUUUUUUAAAACGGAUAAAAGUCUUUGUUUUUGUGAAUAUAUUGUUCUCCACAACAUUCAUGGCACCUGUAUAUAAAAUCUGGUGAACUAUUUUUUUAUGAAAAUGUAAAAUACUUUUCAGCUGUGCACAUCUGAAAUGCUGACCUGCCAGAAGACUUUCAAUACCAGUUGUUUAUAGUUUAAUGUUUUCACAAGAAUUACAUUAAUUUCAGAGUUCUAUGUGUUCUGUUCACACAUUUUUUUAAUUUAAUUUUUGUUUAACUGAAAUACUUCUGUUUUGAAAGACUAUCAUGUUUUAAAACUCACAAGCGUCUUGUGGCAAGAACUAGAAAUGGGAAAUGCCUGAAAGAUUGUGUAAUAACACUUUCUUGAUGUCACAAUCUUAUUCUAGAAUGGAGUCUUUGUUCUAUCAUGUAAUAAUAAUAAUAAUCCACACAAUGUUUAAUUUAGAGCAGAGUUUUCGUCGACUUUCAUCUGGCUUUACCUGCUAAAUAAGUCUUAAAGGCUUUUUAUCUGAAUUUUUUGAGUCCUUCGAGCUUGAUUGAUUGUUCUAAAAAUAACUCAUGUGGGACUAUGAUAUCAAUUUAUUGCCACAAAAGGCUGCUAAAUAUUCAUUUUCUUUAGCUUGGAUUUGACAUUCUGGAUCUUUUUAUAUAUAGAGAGAAACAUAUUUUGAUACACAUUAAUUUAAUAUGCUAAUAUAUGUCACUCAACAUUUGAAUUUGCUGUUCAUUGAAUACUGUACAUUAAACCAAGUCUUUUGAGAAUACUGGAAUCUGCUGUGUGGUUUUAGGAGUAUUGGAUUUAAUUCCUUGGAUGAAGAUUACAUUUAAUCCUUUUCCAACAAAGUUCACUUUAUUUUUAUACUUUUCAGUUUAGCCACCCCAGUGCACAGUUUAAUAUGUGACAAGAUAAUUUUUAUUUAUGUGGCCCAUUAAUCAUGUCUUAAGUUUUUCAAUUUUUUAUUUUUUUUUUGUUGUCAUGAAGUUUUAUUGUAGCAAUGCUGUAUAACUGCUCAAAGAGUCUUUGUAAUCUUUCUAUAGCUUACAGUGUAAACCGCUGUCGUACUAGAAUCAGGUUUCCAUCCUUUGGAAAAAGGAAGUGGCACUAUGCUGUGGGACUAUUUUAGGACAGACACUGAAAUUCAUUGAUGUUUGUGAAGGGCCGUUUAAUGAGUGGAAAAUGCACAUAUCUUAUUUCAAAGAGGGCAUUGUGUUGCUUCACUCCCAUACUGUUGAUUUACUCUCCACCCAGGGGACCCAAUGAUAUUAAUACUUCAUUCUAAUAUACAAACUCCUCCCACCCUUCUGGCCAUCCACAUCAAUACAAGACCCAGUAUCUAGUUGCUGUUGAAACCAAACUUCUCAACAGCUGCUAACUUGGACUGUCCUCUCUCCAUAAUCUGGUUUUGGCCCAAAAAUAGUUUUAUUUUGUGAAGCAUACAUAAGCACAAAAUGUGAAACACACAUCUGCGGUAGUAUUUUUUUUUUUUUCAUCUUUUAUUAAUUUGUUCUGUUUAUUAGUAAGGAAAGGGCAUUUGAUUGUGAUUUUAGACUAUUUGUUCUAAUCAACAAGAUCUGUGAUAUAGUGAAUGUGACCUCUAUAUUGUCAUUGGUUUAUGUUCUUUCCUUUUAUAUGGGAAGUUUCUCAAUUGAUUUCUUAAUCUUUCUGUUUGCUGUACUUUUACUGAAGGUGCUGGAUGUAGCUAGUUUUUGGUGUAAUGUGGAAGUCAUGGCUUUUGUUAACAUUAUGACUGUCACCUAAUGGAAUCGUGUGAUUUACUCAACUGACAUGCACUUCCUUAGUAUGACUCGCCUUUUAAUGCUGAAUGCUCAUUGUUUCAAGAUCACAAGGCACAAUGAAACAUUAGCAGUUAACAACCCCCUGACAGCUAUUCACACCAUGUUAUUGAACCUUUAGAUAUGCAGUAAAAGGCACCUUUUCCUAAUUUAAAAGUAAAGACUCCAGGAGUUGGAUUUACAAACAUUUUUAAGAAUACAUUUUUUCUUAACAAUUAUUUUCUUAUUUUUUUUCGAACUUAAUAAAGUUACGAAUAUUUUGUAUUCCCAAAAUAAGUCUUAGGAAUGUUAUCUUGUUUCUUAACCUGUGUCCGAUUAUACCUUAAAAAAAAUUAAAACCUACAUCGAUUACUACAAAACACGUUAGGGGCUUGCGUUACUUCCUUAGUGAACAACUUCUACAGCUUAAUAAAAAGAUCACAAAGAAUCUUUAUUUCCAUAGUUGAAUGGGGAUUCACAAUGCAUGGACAUUCCGUAAAUACUUUUGGAGUAUUUUGCAUUUGUGUGAGUCAUACUGUGAUAAUGAAAGGUCUGUUGAAAAGUGUGAUGAUGGAAAGUAUCCCUGCAGGUGUCUGAUGAACCAUGAACCAGACUGUGGAUUUCCAGUGAGGGUCCAAUGAGAAGACAGGUAUUCAAUUUACCAACAGAGAAUAUUCUUUGUUUCCUCAAUAGAAAGAGACUAGUUGGAUGUUAUUAUGUGCUGUUUGAAUAAUAGUUCAUCAAACCUAGUACAGGUGUGCUUCAUGCUGUGCUAUUUUGUUUUAAAUGGUAAAAAUUACAAUAAAGGGUAAGG